GCUCCCGAUUAUCCACCCAUCCCUCAUCCAGGUAUAAAUGGCCUAGGAAUUUUCGCUCUCAAUCCAUUCUCAAGAACUGUAGCACCAUGGCAGAUGACUCUGUAUCCCUACUAGCAAACCACCGCUUCAACGAGUCGGCGACUAGCCAUGAUGUUCCCGCACAAGACCCCAGCCACGGUGCAGGUCUCAAUGAUGAUAUCCCCGAAGAGGACCUUGUCAAUCGUCUUAUUCGGGACAACCAAGACCUUUGGAACCAGUUGCUUCAGAACGAUUUUGUCCAGAACAUGCGUAUUGCAAGCGCAGACAACCAGCCCGUUCUCGAUGGUUUCAAAUGGUAUAUGAUCCAAGACUUCUUCUACUGCGUGCAACUCAUAGCAUACAAUGCCGAUCGCGCAGCAAAAGCCCCCAACCCAACGAUAUACGGGAAAUUGACCAAAACUCUCAACAACACGCUCACGCAGUGGGCUCCUAACGCCCUCCAAACUUGCACCGAUGCCGAUAAGCUGAACAUUCCAGACACAGUCGUCUUCGCUGCCAAGCGUGAAGAGGCGACUGAAAGGUACACAAAGUUCAUCUCUGACACUGCAGAGGAUGAGAACUGGGUCGUCUCUCUACUCGCUCAAGUCCCUGGCAUUCAGUCGUACUAUGCGAUCGCUCGUGACCUCCAACAGACUGCUCUCUACCAAGACACUGCAUGGUACAGACUCUGGGUCGUCGACAACGCUAAGCACUACAAGUCCACAACCGAACAAAUCAGUGAGGGAUCGAUGCGCAAUGUAACUCUAUUCAACCAUUAACGUUGUCUCUUUAUAGAUUUCUUCAAGAAUAACUACGAGAGCUGGAGGGAUAUUCCUUACGAGAAGUUGGCCAGGAUCUUCAGGAGGGCGUGUCAAAGCGAGAUCGAUCUGUGGAAUGUAGCGCUGAACCCUGGUCCCGUAGCAUAAAGAACAGGGACUCGAAGACGCGGACAAAGUAUGUAGUAGUAUCAGAUCGGAAUGUACCAGGCGCGUCAAUGUCAAAAUAUUAGUCUAUGUCGGCGCAAGAUUCACUUGUGCUUUAUAAUGACG